GGGUGCGAGAUGAGAGGGUCUGUUGUUAUUCAAGAUGAAUGCCGCUUAGUGCCGUCCAACCCACCAAUGAAUCGCGACGCUAGAGAGCUGAAUCGUAGUUCCAUGUUUGCCAGUUCGAGACUCGGCCCGGAAUCCACAUCAGGGCAAAUCCCAUGUGGGGUAUGUAUAAAGUUAUGCCAUUCUAGCUCCGGGACGAGGCCGUAUCCGAACGGACCAUCCUAUCUCUGUAUGCUCCGGACCCUUGAUAUUUCCCGACUAUGCUAUGCUAUAUAAACAAAUGGAGGCAGCACUUUUCCCAGGGUCUUGUUACCCCUCGUGUACAGAUCGCCAUCGUUUCUAUGAAUUAGAUUUCCUUGAGCCUCAAGGUCCCUUUAUGACAACAGUUGUUAGGGAGUCAUAUCAUCACUAAUAAUAUAGAAAGGUUUACCCGCGAUGAGUACCGACAUGACGGAGAAGGGCUCUGUCAACACUACAAUCCCCGACGGGGACUCGACAAUUGGGGGAGAGUCGGAGCAAGAUGUCGAGGCGGGUGUUGAUAACCGCGAAAGCACAGUCGAUGAGAAGGAUCCCGACGUCGUAGACUGGGACGGGCCAGACGACCCAGAAAACCCGGCAAACUGGUCUGAUAAGAAGAAAUGGCUGAACAUUGCUAUCCUUUCUAUAAUGACCUUAGUAACUCCACUGGGCUCUUCGAUGUUCGCCCCUGGUAUUCCCGGCAUCAUGGUAGAAUUCCACGAGACCUCUUCAACCAUAGCUACUUUCCUCGUCUCGGUCUAUAUCCUAGGAUUUGCCUUCGGCCCGCUCGUCAUAGCGCCGUUGAGCGAGAUCUUCGGCCGUCGGCCCCUGUACAUCUACGGCAACAUCCUUUUCGUCGUCUUCUCCGUCGGCGCCGCCCUCAGCACCGGCACCGGAAUGCUGAUGGCUUUCCGAUUGCUGAUGGGUCUUGCCGGAUCGGUGCCUAUAACCAUUGGAAGUGGUAGCAUUGCGGAUGUGAUGCCUGUUGAGAAGCGUGGAAGAGCUAUGUCUGCUUGGGCUUUGGGUCCCCUUCUUGGGCCUUGUGUUGGCCCUAUUGCUGGUGGUUAUCUGAUCGAGGCUGCUGGAUGGAGAUGGGUGUAUUGGCUAAUCGUCAUUCUGGGCGGUAUCUUUAUUCCCCUCUCCUUUUUCUUCCUCCGGGAAACGUUCGGCCCAGUAUUAAUCGCGAAGAAAACUCGAAGGCUUCGUAAAGAAACCGGAAACCAAAACCUCCGCAGCAAAUUCGCAGGACGGCUCAGCCCCAAGGAACAGUUCAAGCUGGCCAUUCUCCGACCAAUGAAGCUCCUCCUACUGACACCCAUCGUCACUCUCAUGUCGCUAUACGUCGCCAUCACCUACGGCAUUCUAUACCUCCUUAUCACGACGUUUUCCUUCGUCUACACCGAGAAGUACGGCUUCAGCGAGGGGGACAGCGGCCUGACGUUCCUUCCCGCCGGAAUCGGUAUGAUGAUCGGUGUUGUGGGUUUUGGACAACUCACCGACUUGAUGGUCCAGAGGAACAAUAAAAAGGGGCUCGUCCAUAGGCCUGAAGUGCGUAUUGCGCCGGUGCUUACCAUCCCUUGCGGAAUCGCACUCCCUAUUGGCCUGUUCAUCUACGGAUGGACUGCCAACUUCGGCGUACACUGGAUUGUUCCUAUGCUCGGUGUCCUCAUUUUCGCCGCGGGACUUAUGGGUGUCAUGUUCUGUGUCCAAAAUUACCUUCUCGAUACAUAUCCCCACUACGCAGCAUCCGUCACAGCUGCGAUGACGGUCCUCCGAUCACUCCUCGGUGCCCUCCUCCCUCUUGGUGGGCUCGAAAUGUAUAACGCAUUAGGUCUAGGAUGGGGCAACAGCCUUCUCGGGUUCAUCGCGCUCGCGCUCAUCCCGAUACCUGUCGUAUUUUUCAUAUUUGGCGAGCGUAUCCGCGGGAGAUUUAAUCCCAGCUUAUAAGGAUGUUUAUACCACUUGCAUAACUUGCAUAUAGAAAUGAUAGAUUAUAGAUACCUAAUGAUUAUGUCUAAUAAUAGAGCUUGUAAAUAGCA